AUCAUGCCAGCUGGGUGGGCUCCAGAAACCAGAAGCCACUACCUCCAGAAGCAGAAGUCCUAUCAUGCCAGAGCCACCAGCAGCAACAGCACCAACUGCAAGAGAGCAUGUACUUCCUCCCCAUCUCGAAUCACUAGUAAUAGGGGACUGUGCUGGCAUGUUGGGUGGGACUCUUUGUCUGCCUGCACCCCUCAAGAGAAUGUACAUUAUUGGCAACAGUGGAUUGACAUCGCUGGAGUGUCUGUCGGGAGAGCACCCCCCAUCGCUGGAAUUCCUUUUUCUUGAAAGAUGCAGUACCCUGGCAUCCCUGCCGAAUGAGCCGCACGUAUACAGUUCUCUCGGGUAUCUUGAAAUUAGAGGCUGCCCUGCUAUAAAGAAGCUCCCUAGAUGCCUGCAGCAGCAGCUGGGCAGCAUUGACGACAAAUAUCUAGAUGCCCGGUAUGAAGUGAUGGCACUUAAACCGGAGACAUGGAAGGAGAUACCAAGGCUAGUCCGUGAGCGGAGGAAGGCCGCUCAAGAAGCCAAGAUACUCUGGCAGUCCAUGCAUGAGUAGACAAGGCUGAAAGGGCAUGGAUUUUGAUUGCUCUCAAUAAUGUACCAAGAUGAUGUCGUGACUGUAAUCAAUCGGCUUUCCUGAGCUUUGGCCUCUACCUUUUAGAGAUAUUUGUAAUGCGAACCAAACAAAUCUCCCCGUUUCAGUACAAGUUACGAUAAUACUCUCAC